CAGCAGCGCUUCCCGGGGCAGGCGGCCAGCCCCUGCGCCCUCCUGGACCCCCGCGUGGGCCUGGACUGCGGCGGCCAAAGUGAAAAUGGUGUGCAGAUGCUGGAAGAAAGGAAUAGCAACCUGCAAAGGACCACCUCCUCUGAUUCUACAGAUUCAGGCUGUUGUGUGGAUUCUCCCACAUUGCUUGGCAUGAAAGACCUUGAUGACACCUUUCGACUGCCUGUGCAAAAAAUGCGUUCCAUCCCGCAAAGCCUUCUGGGAUGUAGUCCUGCCCUGAAGAGGAGCCACUCGGACGUGCUGGGCUGCGGUUUCUUUCAGUCACGUGACUCUGAAGGGAACAAAGAGAAUGAGCCCUUUGAGUUCAAAAAGCCAGUGCGGCCUGCUUCGCGUAGCUCUCUGCGCCACUCUUCCCUUGAAGGUGAACAAGACACUUUAGGGCUAAGGCUGAAGUCUGCUCCAGUGUUUAUGUUUCCUAGUGGCGAAGGUGAGAAUAGCCUUGGAAGCUGCAGUCCUGCUUUUCUGAGGCAGUGCUCUCCGAAGGCCUGCGGCAGUGACGAUGAGGAUGAUGGAUUCCUAGAGAUACUCGAUGGGCAAGAUGCCAGUAGUGAUGAAGAGAUGCCAUUUGGUGUAGCAAGUCUGUGGACGGCACCGCUAGUUAUGAAGACACAGCAGGAAACCCAGAAUAAACGAUGCAGGCUGCUGAGGGCAGAAAGUGAGCCGUGCACUAUGGCCAAGGCUGCCCUGAAAAGAGUGGAGAGAUCCCAAGAAGAGAACUCCUCAGGGGCCCAUAAGAGGAGGAGAAGCGCUUGUGGAGCACCGUCUGAAGAACUCACGAGUCAGGCCCUGGUUGGGGCAUCAUUGUCACCUUCAACAGAGAUAGAGAAUAUUCUGGACAGUGACCAAAGGGACCUUAUUGGAGACUUCUCAAAGGGUUAUCUUUUCCACACUGUUGAUGGAAAGCAUCAAGAUCUGAAAUAUAUUGACCCAGAAAUGAUUGUUGCAGUGUUGAAUGGCAGCUUUGCAAAGUUCAUUACGGAGUGUUUGAUAAUUGACUGCAGAUAUCCCUAUGAAUAUGAAGGAGGCCAUAUCAAGGGUGCCGUAAACCUCCACAUGGAAGAGGACGUAGAGGACUUCUUGCUAAAAAAGCCCAUUGUGUCACCUGACAGCAAGCGAGUUAUCAUCGUUUUCCACUGCGAGUUCUCAUCAGAGCGUGGUCCUCGGAUGUGCCGGUUUGUAAGGGAGAGAGACAGACUUGGGAAUGAGUAUCCCAGCCUGCACUACCCUGAGCUGUAUGUCUUGAAAGGGGGCUAUAAGGACUUCUUUUUAAAAUGCAGGAGCUACUGUGAGCCACAGGGCUAUCGCCCCAUGCACCACGAAGACUUCAGGGAAGACCUGAGGAAAUUCCGCACAAAAAGCAGAACAUGGGCGGGUGAGAAGAGCAAAAGGGAACUGUACAGUCGCCUGAAGAAGCUCUGAGAUCUCCCCAGACUUCACCUGCCUGCCUUUGGGGCUGAAGGAGGAUGUGAGCGGUCCUGCCUCCUUAGCCCUGCAGCCAAUGGGACGUGUCCACUCCUUGCAGGGUUUUUGUCUUGCCGCCUAUUGAAUCGCUUCUGGCAAGGCUGUGUGGGAGCGCUCGGAUUGCCAUGCUGCAGACCUGGACCCUAUCUACAUUCCACCCAUGAAUCCCCACGGUGUUUGUGUGCCCCUUGAGACAAUCCAUGUAAACAGAGCGUCGACGGGAAGCUGUACGUGCCUUCUGGGGUGUUAACCAUGAAAUUUUAGUGCGUGUUUUAAAAGUGUACCUUUUUAAUUUUAGUACAGUUAAAUGAAGCUGAUUUACUGCUGCGGCUGAGGUGCCUGGAUUGUUUCAAGGCUUCUUUCUGGCAAGGACAGCCAGCAGGAGGAGUCCGAGGGCAUCCACUGAGCUACAGUUCUGAUUUAUUUAAUGUUUUUAUGUCCAAUCUUUCCUAUAAUGAAAUGUGUUUGUGGGGAAGGAGGACAAGUUAGAAACUUAGGACCAGUUUCUGCUUGGAGUUAGACAGUGUUCUGCCGGAAGCCUGUUUGCAGCCUAAGGGGGGAAAGCAGCUUUGUAAUGUUCUCAUAACUUACUCUCUGAUCUUGGCUGCAUUUGGCUUCAGUUCAUCAGUUUCUUAAGUGAGAAAGUCGGCAGUCUUUAAAUGGGUGCAGCUGGCUUUCUUGUGGGUGCCUCAGAGCAUCAGGUGGGCAGCAAAGUGCCCCAACUUCAACAGCCACGUGCUGGUUUUCAGAAGCUGCCCCCCCCCCCCCACAACAGUCAACAACAGUAUUCAUUCUUCUGGGAGGUGUGGUUGCAGCAGGCUUCUGGAACGUUAACCUGGCCCUGAGUAAUCACGGUGCUGUUUCAGUUGUUCUUGUCCAUUUGGGGACUGUUUUAGUUCACUCCCAGGUGCCUUUCGGAAAAGGUAUUACAGAAAAUGGGAUGAUGUCAGUGGGCUUCUCAGCUGAUGAGGAUGCCGGAGGCUGGUGCAAGGAACUGAAUCCCCGGGAUAUUGCUACCGGAUCUGAGAACUGGAGGGGGCUCCCCUUGGCAUCUGUAGUCUAGCAAAGUCUGAUGAACACAGCUAUCAAAUAGUGUCUGUAUUAUAAUCUGAUUGAAAUGUUAAUUUUGUGUGUAGUUUGUAAUUAUCAAUGGAAUUAAGGCACUGAAUACUCAGCAUCCACCCCUUUGUUGCCUUUAGUAGGUGCUGUGUGUCUCAGUAGCACCAAUCCUCUUAACAUCAGAUCAGUGAGGGAGAAGCUGGGGCAGGGGGGAUGGGGACAGGGCAUUGUAAAUUUCACUUUCCUCAAAUUGCGCUGUUUGUUCUGUCUGUUUGCUUUUAUAGCAAAAAGGGGGUGAGGGGGAAGGCAAAACGAUUAAGAAAUCAGUGUGGGCGGUUUGUAAUCUAAACAUGGGCAGGAAGCUGUUGAAUUUUGUGUUUGUGUCUUGGUAGAGCAGCCUUGUGGCUUGGGCCUAUAUUUUAGCAGCCUGAAUCGGCAGUCUGUGGCUUGUUUAUGUGCUGCUCAGGCACUUGGACCCCAACCUGAAAUGUGCUUAGGAGAGAGCCUCAGGUGCAGGCUUGGCCUGGGGACCCCUCCAGACAUACACGGGUGCUUAAACUGACCGAGUGUCUGCCUGUGGCGGAACAUUCCACGGCUGCCUUACUGGCCUCUUCCUGUGAAUGUUCCUCAAAGUGCUUAUUCCAGCUCCUCAGUGCACACUUCCUAGACUUGAGGGUAUGUAUUGUUUGUUCUCGUUGGCGUUUGUCUUUUAAAUUCAGGAAGGACAUUUGCAAAGGCUCUUGUUUGAACGUAUUGUGAAUGUCUCGAACAGAAGAGGGAGGCAACGGGUCUUGGCUGAAACCACCUGCUUCUGUAGGCUCAGGAAAUAAAUUGCCCAGCACCCAAGGUGUGUAGUGCUUUUUCCCCUACUCCCCUGAGAACAGCUGGUUCGAGGUACAGCCUAGUAGGGAGAAGCCUUUAGCCCCCAGCUACUAAAAGAACCUUAACACUGCGUUGAGUGUGUGGCGCCCAGAAGUGGAUCGUCCAUCUUUCAGGGCCUAUAAUAUUUUUACUGUAUGGACUUGCCUGUUAAUCUGAAAGCAUCACUUCCUUGUAGCCUGAAAGUAUUUAGAUGUGUAAGCGUGAAGCACCUGAAGCACCUUGCUCUUCUCCUGAGCUUCAUGAGGCACUGCUGGUGGUCCUCCAAAGCAAGCCAUUAACAAGAGAUGCCCCUGGCAAAUAUGGAAGAUAUCUGUUGCUUAAGGGCACAGUGGCAGACGGUUCCUUUGCCCAGGAGAAGUGGCUUGGGGUUAACCCGAGCCUUUCCCCUAUAACUCUGUGGAUCCAGGUCACCGACCACAUUGCGUGGCUUCCAGUCUGAGACUGGUCUGAACGUUGCACCAACUGCCUUGGAAAUCUGCUUGUAAUCUCAAGUCUUGAUCGGGAGGAAGUGCAUUCCCACCUGGAUUUCAUAUAUUCUAGAGCUGAGGCCUGGCAUGAGGCUGUAGGCUGAUGUCUUGGUGAAUUCUUUCUCCCCAUCCGCUUUGACUCUCAAUCUCACUGCCUGUAAGGAGUGAAGGUAAGAUCUUUUAAGAAAUCCCUGAGGCUUCUGUGGUGUCUGCUGCACUCUUAAAUGGCUGCUUGUAAUGCUAAAA